CCCAGGUCGGGAACGGGUCGCGUCGGUGGGUCGGUGAGCUGAGCGCGUUAAGGCACUGCAGAGGCAGUCCCAUCGGCCCCAUCGCGAAGCCCAAGUCCACCGUCGAGCCGACUAGCGUCGUCGGCGCCCUCGUCCGACGUCGGGGAACCUCGCAGGCACCCGGCACUGCCAGCGCGUUCACCAGCAGGGUCGCGGGGCGUGGGUGGAAAGUCGAACUUGGCUACACCGGGCGAGACGCAACGGCCGUCGGAGAUUGCUGAGGCUUCGCAGGCCGUGAUGGUGGCUCGGCGCGGCGGUGCGCGGAGGGGCGCGCGAGGCAGGGGCCGCCUGCUGUCACAGCGGUGGUGGGAGCUGGUGGUGGGCACGAGCCUGCUGGGCCUGUGCUGCGCGCUCUGCCCCGUCACGUUCCACUGCGCGCAGGCCGCCCCCUGGAACCAGGACGAGGACCUGGCCGCGCUCGGCAGCCUGGACAGCCUGCUGGCGUACGAGGACCUGCAGCAGGCCGUGCAGCAGGCCGAGGACGCGGCGGGCGUGGCCGAGGCCGCCGAGUCCAGGGGCAAGGUGGCCGUCGCUCCGUGGCAGCCGGCCGACCCCGACCCCCAGCUGUACUUGCUGACGGAGUACGACCGCGGCGGACAAGGCCAGGCCCGUGUGAAGAGGAACAGGGAUGCCCAGGCUACCCGUCUUGGAUCUGGCAAGGCCCACGGCCUCCGCCGGCACGUGCGCAACCCACCCGGAGGCAGCUCCGGCGGCCAGCGGCUCUCCAUCGUCAACCCGCUGGACGUGCUCCGCCAGCGUCUGCUGCUCGAGAUCGCCCGUCGCAGGAAGGCUUCCGUCCCGCAGGCCAACAGGGAGAUGCUGGAAGGCAUCGGAAAGCGAUCUUGGAGCCCCGUCUUGCCACCACUCCCACUGACUAUCGAGCAGCAACUGGAACGCUGCCUGUCGCAGCUGGGCGACCCCCUCAAGACCCAGGACAAGCUGACCCGACUGGCGAUCCUGUACAAGGCCAUCGAGUACGGGAAAUGCGACCUGACAAGUGACUUGACCGAACAACCUGACCAGCGGCAGCAGCAGCAGCAACAACAACAGCUGUCGUCUGCAGAGGUGCGGCCUCAGGAACAAGGAGAGACAAACCACCUUAGAGACGAGCAGGAGGAGUGGAAUGGGAGGCAACAGGCUAGCGGCUGGUCCAGAAAUGCCCGAGCUGCCACAAGUAGCAACCUUGUAUCCUAAGAAGGAUGGUGCUUGUUUUGCUGUUUCUUCCUCGAGACCCAUGUCCCAUUUUGUAAGAUAGAAUAUUUAGGCUGGCCUUUGUUUCUCCUGAUGGCAUCUACCCUCUUGCCUUAUUUUUGUAUUUCUGUAGGAGGAGCAUGUGGCAGUGGCGAUGAGACACUACACCAUGUUGAAUCAGAUUCCAAUAAUGUACUUAUUGUAAAAUAUCAGCAAGUUAAUUUCAGCAACAGACUUCUAGAAAACAUCUCUGUUUGACAGUGACAAUUGCUGCUCCUUGGUUGUACUUUUUUCUAGUCAGGCUUGUAGAAAGUAGAUUAGUCAAUUAAUUUCAUUAAGCCUAAAACGAUAAACUACUAUGUGAGUUUGUCAGAGUCUAAUUUAUUUUGCAUGCACACUGAAUUUUUUUCUUGUUUAAAUAAAAGGUCUGGAGUCUUUGAGGUCUAGAAUACUCUGCUUGUGAGAGGAUUUACGAGUAAUAUAUAAAUAAAAUUUUGGAUCAAUUCCAUUAUUUGCACUAGAAAAAGGUGUGGUGAUUACAGGCUAUAGAACAUCCAGGUAGUCUCAAUAAAAACUAAUAUCAGAUCAUUUAAUAUAAAUUAGAACUUCAUCUCUCUUUUACUAAGCAUCUAAUAGCAAAUUCCUUUCUUGCAAAUUGCAUAUGAGAUCAAUUUCUUACAUUAGGCAGGAUAGUACUAAUUGCUUAAAAUAGCAGCUUUAGCACUAUCAAACAGUGCAGAAUGGAGCUACUGUAGAGGGAAAUGUUCUUGUUGAACAUCAAAAUGAGAUGAAACAAUCUUGUGUUUUCCUACAUUUCUUAAAUAUUUUUCAGAGCUACACAUUGAUUAAUUUUAUGGGGAUCGUCGAAUAAUUCACUGAACAUUCUCACCCAAAUAAUGUCCGUAGUACUGAAAAGUAUAGGAAAAGAAAUAAUGAACAUUGGUUGGAGAGGAUAAGGGUUAGAUACUAGUUUCCUUCUUUCAAAUUAUGUCCUAAAUAAUGAACUUCUGAAGUGAUGUAGUCUUAACUUGCGAGAGUAUUAACAAGUAACUGUAAUGAAGGCAGCACAAGUUGACUUGGGCUAUUUACUUCUUUUGCACAUUACAUUCCAAAGAAUUAAAAAGCUACAUGUCAAUUUAAAUUUGCAUUGGUAAUUGUAAUAUAAGACCCUUGAAUAAGCUUUUGUCAUUUCACAGCAGUGUCUUUAAAAUAAGCUUCAAGCUCCGUUACUUAUUUCAAAUGUGAAUAACCCAACAAGCUCAGGCAAUGAUGCAACCCAAGAGCAGUUCAACCAAGUAUUUAGAAGAAAUAUAGAAAUGCACUACAUAGUAGGGAUUUGGCAUGAUCAACUGCUCCUAUGGCUGGACUGGGCAGUUAACAUUGAUUCCACUGUGCUCCACUAGUACCAGUGUUGAGUAUAAUUAGUUUCUCUGCUGAAUAUUUGGGAAUAUUUGAUUCAUUGAACUGAACUGAUUAUCUGAAUGUAGAAGACUAACUGCUUCUAGUUUAUGAUCCUAUUUCCUCUUCCUGUCUCUGACAGCAAACUGUGACGUACUAAUUAUUGCAUUGUCAUUAUUCAUAGUAAUAAAAGCCAUAAGUUGUA